UUUACAUACCCUCAUCCAUAUGCACAGUAUCUAUCUAUCUAUUUAUUAUUUUUCAUUUCUUUUACAUCGCUCCGGUUAGAAUCAGCUUUAGAUAGCGUCACAUCCAGACGGACCUCAAAAAGUAAAAGGAGGAGGAGAUUAUCACGUGACUAGGUUACGUCACUUCGUUCUACUCCCCCCAAUCCCUUGCACAAACAACCCUUGUUUUCAAUCAUAUUUGACGGCAGAAUCGAACAUUCUUCAUAUUUGACAGCACAAUUGCACAUUGUAGAUGAGUCAACACCAAAAGUAAAAAUAAACAGAUUAAUUGUGUAAAGAUUUUUUUUAUUCCUUCAUAUCCGGGUCAACAGAUUUCGGUGGUUGAGGCAACUGUGGAACCAUUUCUGUAACUUUGCAUGUCGAUAGCAGAUUGUCACCAUUUCCACUGUAAAACACUUCAUCGUAUUGUUCACUGUCAAAACCUCUAAAUGCAUUAGAAAGGUCUUCGAAUUCGCUGUACAAGUCCCCAUAAGCACAAUGGCUUGGGCACCAUUCGUAUUUUUUAUCAUCACUGGUAGCCCUACCGCUGUACACUGAGCAUUGGCGUUCGGACGUUCUGUCCUCGAUUGAGGAUUCACUACCGUAAACACGAUAGUUUGGAUUCACCACACACACUUGCCUGUCUUGAAGACGGUACCCAUGAUUCGUCGUACACUUUUCUCCAUUCGUGAUGUCGACUUGACCACCACCACCACCACCACCACCGCCGCAAAUAUCGUAACCUGGAUUCACCACACAUUUGUCGUUCUCUAUAUCUACGACGUCGUCCAACAUGUCGUCCGUAGAAAUAGAAGUCAUUUGGCUGCGUUGGGUGUUCACCAGGUUUUUCAGAUAGGCUUCCAUGUCCGCAAGAGUACGGUCUUCUUGUGGUAGAGUCAAUUGUAGUGGGUCGUCUUGUAUGCUGCGUUCAAGCUCUAAGAGCUUUUGAAGGGAUUCGUUCAGAGCAACGAGACUCUCGUCAGUAAAUAGAUCACGAGACAUCUUAGAGGUGCGUCUUUGUUGUGGGUGGAGAUGCGUUAUAUAGGAAAUGAGAGUGAGUGGUGGUGGGGAGUGGGAGAGAGUCAAUGUGUACGUUUUUUCAGCCAAUGGAAAGAAUAUUUUUGGAUUUCGCAAAAUUUGAGAGUGUAUAUUGUGAAACACAAUAACAAACUUUCCUUCCUCCGUUUCCUUUCUCCAAUAUUAUUCUAUAUAAAGACUAGAACGCACACCACAUCCAUUAUACUUAAAUGGCGUCGCUGAUCACUCUGGUACAGUACGAGACGAUGGACUUCGAACUGAGUCAAUAUGUCAGAAGAGACAUAGCAUUCUGUAGUGGUUCGCGUGAAAUGCCAGAUGGUAGUUAUUUCCGCUGCUACGACAACUUCAUACCAUACAAGUAUGCCAAAGAAGUAUUUCAUCACAUACAAGACAACCGACGCUGCACGUAUCACCGAUACACAGCUUGGGAUCAAAUCACCUCGAUCUUCGCCGAAAACGCCAAUCUGCCACAUGUUCCAAUCCCCAAGUCUCCACACUCCGAAACUAUACACAAUGCUAUGAAAACUUGUCUUCAAAAUCCUGAAUAUACGCACAUCAUAUUGGAUUCACCGCUCUUUAUAAAAUAUUUACAAGAGCACGUCAUACGACUCGACAUACACCUCAAAGGUCUUCUAGACGACAACAUGCUCAUUGCAAUUCUAAGUAAAUUGCCUCAACUUGUGACUUUGCAUAUUCACUACGGAUCAUUGUUAAGCAGUGCUAUUUUAAAAAUCAUUGCAGAAAUGCAUCCACAACUUCGCCAUCUGUGUAUAUACGAGUACGAAAAUGUCACCGACAGUGCUUUCGAAGAAAUACAACUGGGACUUGUCACUCUGUGUAUCGUUAGCUCUGUAUAUAUUGAUGAAGAUGUUUAUGAAUCUAGACUGAUUAAAAUGCCCAACUUGAUGUGUGCUUCAUGUAAUGUGAAGUAAAAAUAAUAAAACAAUUGUACACAAAGACCGUGUUUUUUUUCUUAUUUAUUUUGAAAAAAAAUAUAUGUUAGUAGUAGGAUUCGAACCCACGUCUUCAAGUGAAGACCAGAGCUUAAGUCUGGCGCCUUAGACCGCUCGGCCAUACUAACAAUAGAAAAAUAUCCUUAUGUAAUUGCGAUAAUAUUUACUCUUUAUCCGUUUCAUCGUCUUUCGUCUUUAUUACAACUUUAUUAAUACUUG